AUGGCAGAUGUCAGUAGCAAGAAGCGGAAAAGAGACGGCGAAUCUUCUGGCAAGCCGAAAAAGAAGGUUGUGCUGCACGCCCCGGCAUCCACAGCCUCGGUCUCAUCAGUCCUUCAACCCAAACACUGCCCGCCAGUUAUUGCUACGACUCCUGGUCUUGAGAUUCCUGCAAAUGUCGCUUUUCAUCCAUAUCAACCUAGAGCGGGCUCACGGCCAAAAUCGACCAAAUCGAAGCAUGCGGGCGACAAGGAACUGCUGCUUCACUCAACCUCCCACCGAAGCCUAGAUUACACUGCCAGAGAAGAAUGCAAGAGGGGGUUGAAUCAACAAGUCAAACAUUAUGUUGGGGUCUAUGAUCCCCAAACCGGAAAUCUCGAGGUAGUGGAGGCCAAGAGGAUGGUAAUCCGUGGUAUGGUUCGCGCCAAGCAAGCAUCGGCCUCUACCAUGGUGGAAAAUCAGGCCAAGCAGAAUAUGAUGGAGCGCAAGACGGACCUCGGACAAACAUUUGGCACCAAGAAAGCCAAGAAGGCCAUCCGUGAGAAUGUACUCAACGCCAUUGCCCCACAGAGGAAACCUGGCGACUCUCCUACGAAGAUUGACGAUGCCGGUAAAGCAAUCCUGAGCUCCGUUGGCGAGGUUACGACAAACAUGGCAACAAGGGAGGAGCUACAGGCUGCCGUCGACGAGGCUAAGCCGGUGCCCAAGGCCAAUUUUAAUGCGCUGGAGAUUCAUGAUGUGUACGAUCCAAGCGUCAUUGUCGGCACAGAUAUCCUUAAUCUCGUGCCUAUAAGAGAAUGGCAAGAAAAGGUCCGUCACAAGGAAGGCAUCCAAACUAUAUCCCGAUUUGUAGCAGCUCGAGUCAACGCCAUAGCUGGGAACGACGACGCCAUCACCCGUCUGCGUGUGCUUCGAUACUUUAGCUUUGUGCUCACGUUCUACCUGAAAACCACACCUGGAAAGCAACGGGGCACGCGACAGGUCCCCCCUCGCGACAAAUUGCGUGAGCUGCUCUCUCCGGCUCCCGAGGCGGUCGUGGAAAGUAUCCGUCGGAAAUUCUCCGAUGCGGGCGUUAUGAGAAAGUUCCAUAUUGAUCUUCUUAUGGCCUACUGCUGUGUGUUUGCGUUUAUCAUCGACAACUUUGAAGUAGACACGCAGAAUCUCAGAGAUGAUUUGAGGGUGGACCAGAAGACGAUGACGCAGUAUUUCCGCGAGAUUGGCGGCCGUGUGAAGCCUGUGAGCAACAAGGCCGAGGGUGGACGGACUAUACACGUAGCCAGGCUGAUAUUGCCCCUCGACUUUCCCAAGCAGAGACAGAUGGCUCAACGUCGAAAGUGA